AUGUCCGAAGAUUUCUCUGCUCCCGCUGCGAGCCAGCCCGCCGCCGCCGACCUCCACGAACCCGAACGCCCCUCGCGGCAACCCAUCGACCAGAACCCCAAACCCGCACAAUCACGCAAAUCCACCAUGUCGAAUAAGGGAACCAUUGAUAUUUCAGGCCUGGAGAUACCGCUCGAGAGCGAGCCGGAUCAUCAUAAGAGCAAACAUUGGACUGGGUUUGAUGGGUAUCUUGUCGGACCAAUCGACGUAGAGCGCCAUUCCAAGCUUCCCUACUUCCUUCGUCUCCAAGGCAGCGUAGUUCCCCGGAUGAUCAUUCCCAUCAUGCUCGUCGGCGCCUGGUCAACGAUUAUUACCUGGCUCGAUCAGGCCCGCGGAAAGAAUCUCGGUGUGAAUCAACUGUUGCUCACAGUUCUGGGGUUCGUGGUUGCGUUCACGCUAUCAUUUCGCACUUCUACUGCUUAUGAACGAUAUUCCGAUGGUCGUAAGGCUUGGGCAACUUUGACCGUGCAAUCGCGCAACCUUGCCCGCUAUUUCUGGAUACACAUCGACGAGCGAGAAGGCGACCAGGGGAAAGAUGAUAUACUAACCAAACUAACAGCAAUCAACCUUAUUCUGGCAUUCGCCAUCUCGCUCAAACACCGACUCCGCUUCGAGCCCUACGCGCACUAUCCUGAUAUCACCCACCUGACCCGCCACCUGGACACCUUCGCCAGAUCAGCAUGGGGCCCAGAUCUCGAGGUCGAGGAGAAGAAGAACUGGUGGAAAGAGGUGGGCGAGUACUUGGGCCUGUCUUUCGCGCGGAGUAAUCCGCGGAAGACAAUCAAGAGGGCGACGAAGCCGCUGGGGAACCUGCCGCUGGAGAUCCUGCAAUAUCUUAGUGCGUACGCCGAGGAGAUGAGUGACAAUGGCCAGUUGAAGAGUCCGAUUAUCUAUGGGCAGAUCAUGACAUCCCUCGCCAGUCUUUGUGACACCAUGGCCUCCGCCGAGCGAGUCCUUACUACCCCGCUCCCAGUAGGGUACAACAUCCUCAUCUCACAGAUCACUCUCCUCUAUGUCUACUUGCUCCCCUUCCAGCUCGUCACCGCUCUUGGCUGGAUUGCCAUCCCGGCCACUAUCGUCGCCGCCUACAUGAUCCUUGGGCUGGCGACCGUCGGAAACCAGCUUGAAGACCCUUUCGGCGACGACGUCAACGAUCUCCCGCUCGACCACUAUUGCGAUGAGCUAAGGCGCGAACUCGAUGUGUUGACGAGCAGCCCCAGGAUGAAGUUCAGCGAGAUGAUCGCCGCCGAGGAGGAAAAGAACCCCGUUCUUUGGCCUUUGAGUAUGAGCGGGCAUGAUGAGUGGCGGCAGAAGGAAAUAGAUGAUAUCAGGAACGCGUUGAAAUCUAAGGUGGUGAUCGGGCAUGCGAGGCCAGGUAGUAGGGGACAGGCUAGCGGGAAACCUUCCAGUCAGAAUAGCAUACUCAAGCCGAGCAGGGCUUCGAGCGGCGUCACGGUUUAA